CCUAGAGUUACGGCAAGGCAAAGGCAACUGCCACGGCGGCAGCUCCGCCUCCCUCUCGCUCCGCGCGCCGCCGCUUCCCAUGGCGUCGCUGCUCCGCCUGCAGGCCCUCGCUCCAACCCUAAAUGUCCCCCGCCGCCGUUGCUUCCUCUCCUCUUUCCGCCUCUCCUCCACGGCCACGACUCCGCUGGCGCGCCGCCUUUCCACCGCCGCCUCCACCAACUCACCGGAGCCGCCAGCCUCGGAAGCGGAUCUGGAGUCAGGUCUGUAUCUUGUGGCAACGCCAAUUGGUAACCUUGAAGAUAUCACCUUACGGGCACUGCGCGUCCUUAAAUGCGCUAAUGUGAUAUUAUCUGAAGACACAAGGCAUUCUGGAAAGCUGCUUCAGCAUUAUAACAUCAAAACACCACUUCUUAGCUUCCAUAAGUUCAAUGAGCGUGAGAGAGAGCCCAGUAUCUUAAGGAGGCUUCACGAAGGUGAAGUGGUUGCAUUGAUAAGUGAUGCUGGUACUCCAGGCAUUAGUGACCCCGGCAUGGAACUGGCAAGACUAUGUGCAGCUGAGAAAAUUCCUGUUGUUCCCAUUCCUGGGCCUUCUGCUGCAGUUGCUGCUCUUUCUGCGUCGGGUUUGCCAUCUAAUGAAUUCACAUUUGUUGGGUUUUUACCAAAGCAUGCUCGGUCAAGAAGAGAUAGGCUUGAGAUAUCUGCUCGUGAAGCUGCUACACAAAUAUUCUAUGUUCCUCCCCAUGGCAUUCAUCAAUUUCUUGUUGAUGCUGCUUCAUCUUUUGGCAAUUCAAGGUCAUGUGUUAUUGCAAGGGAGAUAACGAAAUUACAUGAAGAGUUCUGGCGUGGAACUCUAGGUGAAGCAAAUGAAGCCUUUGCUACUCGACAGCCGAAGGGAGAAAUCACAGUGCUCAUAGAGGGACAGUCCAUUUCAGUUGAUGACACUCCAUCAGAGGAUUUCCUUGAGCAUGAACUAAGAGAAUUGACAGCAAAGGGACAUACACUUUCAGCGGCGGUGAAAUUGGUCACUGAAGCUACAUCAGCAAAGAAGAAAGAUGUUUAUGCGCUUGCAUUGAGGUUGUUUGGAAAAUGAGUAAAAUGCAACUUUUGCUCUCAUCUUCUCAUCUGUAUUUCAGAAUGAGGGCACGGGAUAGACAAUGAGGUGGACAGGGACAGCAUUCUUCCUCUUAUCAAAGCCAGAGAUGGCGUUCACGCCACUCUGUCCUUCCAGAAGCCAUCUUUUAUCCUCAACACCGUAAAAGAGAGUCAUGAACUGUCAGACCCUGUGCAAGUGCAACGAACUCCUUGGUGCUUAGUCUGGCUUGCAUGCCACGUCUCUUGCAAAGAGUUGCAGAUUCACCACUGCUUGAAGCCUUGAAUGUAUCUUCACCAGCGCACUGUGCCAUAAACAUUGUGUGAUUGGUUGUAACUUGUAAGAACGAAGGGUCGCAUUCCAGAUUUCAUGCCAUGUGGCCAGCUAGCAUUAGGUUUCACUUUCCAUCUUUCUGCUGUGGUUCUCAGAUACAAAGUUAGCAUUCAAUUGGUUGUCCUCUACUGGUUGUGGACAUGGUGUGUUCUCUGGCUGAUGGUUCUCCUAGUGACCAACUCAACCAAUUGUUCAGGAGACGCUGUUA